UUGGUACAUGGAAUACUAUGCAGCAUGACUAAAUAAUAUAAAGGCUGGUUAGCAGCUGGAAGGAUUAAUCUAAGAUCCAAGACAUUCGCUUCUGGCGAGACAAUUUUUUAAGUACUGAUAAAAAAAACAAUUUACUUAAUACAAGGUUUCGAUGCUAGACUUGCAUCAUCGUCGGGAAAUAAGUAUUUACUUAGCAUAUGGAUUUAUUCAUAACAUAAGUAGAAAGAAGUUCGGUAAUUUUACCAAGUUGUGGGGAAGAAUUGAGUAAACACGACAACCUGAUUUCGUAACAGUCCUGUUUUAUUUUUAUUUACAUACCGAGCGGUCCAGAAACCAGGAGUCGAAAUGUGUUCAGAUGAAAAAUACACGCGUAUUUAUUCUCACGGUUGGAAUUGUGCAGUGUUUCCACUCCUCUCCGCAAUUGUGCUGGGUUGUUUAAUAAUUGUUGGAAAAUUGAUCAUAACCCCGAAUCAGGAUUCGCAAAGUGCAAUAUCACCUACUAAAUUCCACUACUUUUUAAAAGGUCGGAAAGACGUAGAUUUGACCAGGGAGAAAGUUUUGGCCCAGUUAUCGUCAUCCACAAGACCAAAAAGUGUUUAUUUCUAUAUUCAUGGAUUCGACAGCGGUUCCCUUGAAGGGGCGGAAUCACUCGUAGUUAAGGAUGCCAUCCUAGAAACUCAGCAGGAGAUUGAUCUGGUUGUUGUGGUCGAUUGGUGUGAAGAAAGCAGCCGAGGACUCUUCACCUAUCCGGAUACGGCGUCCUUCACCGUGCCUAAAGUUGCGGAACACGUGACCCAGGAGGUGAAAUGGAUUGAGCGGAAUUUAGGAAUUCCUCGGUCUCAAAUUAACAUGGCAGGCCAUAGUUUGGGUGCCCACAUUAUGGGAAGAACUGGAGAAUUACUGCAGGAAAGUGGGGGUGGAAAAAUCGCUCGCAUGACCGGCCUGGAUGCCGCGGGGCCAAUGUUUGACGAUUUUUUUCCACAAGAUGACCACAGACUUUCGAAAGGAGAUGCCGAUUUUGUGCUGUGUAUUCAUACAGAUGACAUAUUGGGAACGACUAAUCGCACCUUUUGUCAUGAACAUCGCUUCCCUGCAGUGGACAGUUGUGGAGUUGGUGGGUUUUGUUGUAGGCAUAAUUCCGCGAAAAAGUUGUUUGUUGGGUAUCUCAACAAUUGUGGCGGUCUUGUCAAGGAGGAUGUGGGGACUGGGGCUUGGUACAAGUGUUGGAGGUGGCUCCUGAAUAAAGUGCCGUUUAGAAAUAUUGUAAUUACGGCACAUUAUUCGACAUUUUUGUUAGUCCUGUAUUUCAUCAUGUUAGGACUUAUUGUCCUGUGUGUUACAUCGUUCCUCUCGUGUUGCUUUGCUGCUCGGAUUUGUCAAUUUUUUCAGCACAAGGUAGCCUGUGGAGGGGGAGGAUAUGGUCCGGCAGCAAGGGAGGAGAAUAUUGAAAUGGUGUAAUUGUAGUUAUUAAAAUAAACCAGGGAUUCUAAAUAUAUUAAUAAAGUACUUUGCGGUUUGGAAAUUCGUUUUCAAACGAUAAAAGUGGCAGUCAUGAAUUUUGCAAUAGUUACAUACAUAAUGUAAAUUUAUUAAAUUUAUUCCCGAAUAAAUAAGCAUUAUUCUUCUGAUCUACUUUUAAAAGUAAAA